AUGAGCACAAAGAGCGGGCGACACGUGCGCGCGUGUGCGUGCGCCCGCGUCGGUGUGCGCGGAGAUAGGCGGCCGCAGGAAACUCCGUUCUCUUCCACUAGGAAAGACCUUGGAUGCGAAUCGGCACGUUGCAAUGUGUACCGCCAUCGCCUACGCCGUUGCCUACUUCACGCCGACGGCACAAUCCGCCGAACGAUGAAUCCACGCUGUAUGUACUGCGCGUUCGUUUUCGAACGGCGAUCUUUCAACGGCUGCGUUCGUAGCUCCUUACCGCGAACUAGGACGAUUGGACGUUUUUACUUAUCACAUGAAAUGUGGCGUAUUGUUGUUCCGCUCUACGCGGUCCACGCAACGGCCGAUGAGAAUUUUAGUGAAGAAAAACCGCCACGCCGGAGGUUUUGUAACAACUAUCGAAAGCGCGGCUCGUCGAGCAAGGCCCGCGCCGUUGUAGACGUCGAAACCGAAGCUCGGCCGGAGGCGGAGCAAAUUGAGCGCUUCGAGCGCGCUAACGCCACUCGACUCCCCUUCACUGCGUCGCCAGCGGGCCAGGCAUGCGCGGGAUGUGGUCGUGCCCGUUUCCACGGCGUUCGACGCUCACGGGCUGCCCCGGGACGGGGGGCGCACCUGUGCCUUCCUGCGGGAGAGUGCGAGGCCGCGCGCGUGUUCCGCGCCGCGCUUGCACAAUACGGCGGCGGCGACCCGGUUACGACUUUCGCCGCGCGCGCACAAACUGAAUCCAGGGGCUGCUUGGCACUAUGUAGCACUGUAAUCCGGGCACAGUCACUGGCACGUUCGCGGGAGCGCGUUGGUGAUUCGGCGCGACGGCGCUGCGGGCCGCGGGCGCCGGGCGAGUGGCGCUGCGGCGCCGCCGUCGGUUGCGCCACGCUGGAAAGUAAAAGUGAGCGGCGCGCGCGGGGCGCGGCGGCGCAUUUCUCCCACUUUCGCCGCGGUGAUUCACGCGCCCGACCGCGCCAAGGUCGCUCCCCGCGACUCCCGCGCACGCACCAACCCCGGCCCCGGCCGUUUCCUCGUCUUAAUCCAUCAGGCAAUACCAAAGACCUCAUCGGUAACUGCGCAUACAAACUUUUAGGGGGCCUGGUGAGGUCUAUAUCUUUA